UAGAGAACUUGCAGUCACUCACGCUGCCGUCUGAAUUGCUGAUGCACCCCCUCCCCCAUCUCCACUCUAAAUCAGCUUUGCGAGGAGAACCCAACCUGAUCGUUGGCAACCACUGAUCCCCACCUCCACCUCUAAACGAUCUUCCGUUUAGAGCACACCGGAAACUAGUCUUUUCCGCUACUUCUCAUUUUCCUUCCGGGUCAGGCCAGUCCGGCCUGUGUUCCGGUCUUGCGCACUAGGUUCCGAGCGCGAGGCCGGCGGCACCGUUGCCAUGGUAGCGGGUGGCGGGGAGCUAGCGGGACCAGCGGCCAAAGUAGAACUGGGACUACGAGGGGCCGGACCUUCGGGACCACAGGAUGGGUUGAGGCGGAGGCGGCUGCACGGACGAGGUCGUCCGCCGGGCGUAGGGUGCAACACUGACCCAGGACCCUAAGAUAUCUGCUUUGAGGAGUGGGCUGGACCGAGGUUUUCUUGGGUCCCGGGGACUGACCUGCGGGGCACUGCAGUAUUGCGGACCUCUUAUUUGACGGGCAGGACCGGAAGUGUGAGGAUAACCCUCCGCCCCGUGGAUUGUGACGUGUAGUGAAGGAAUCCUAAUACUUAGUGUUAAUGGGGAUAACCGAGGCAGCGGGAGGCUCCCGAAGUUCUCCGGAAGGCUGGAGCCCCACAAGUACACCUUACUGUCGGGCUGGCAGUUUCCAAAGACAAACGGUGCCUGUGGAAAAGAAUCCUAUUUUUUUUCUAUGUUUCUGUAUUUUAAAGUAUGGGUUUAUUGUGGAACUGCAUUAUCCAGCUUCAAUAAAUAAAAUAAAAAUGUUUAACAUUUUCUUUAUUUCUGUGAAGAAGCAGGGCUUAAGAAUGGAGAUGUAUGAAACUCUUGGAAAAGUGGGAGAAGGAAGUUAUGGAACAGUCAUGAAGUGUAAACAUAAGGAUACCGGGCAGAUAGUGGCCAUUAAGAUAUUUUAUGAGACACCAGAAAAAUCUGUCAACAAAAUUGCAACGAGAGAAAUAAAGUUUCUAAAGCAAUUCCAUCAUGAAAACCUGGUCAAUCUGAUUGAAGUUUUUAGACAGAAAAAGAAAAUUCAUUUGGUAUUUGAAUUUAUUGACCACACAGUAUUAGAUGAAUUACAACAUUAUUGUCAUGGACUAGAGAGUAAACGUCUUAGAAAAUACCUCUUCCAAAUCAUUCGAGCAAUUGAAUAUCUUCACAAUAAUAAUAUCAUUCAUCGAGAUAUAAAACCUGAGAAUAUUUUAGUAUCCCAGACAGGAAUUAUUAAGCUCUGUGAUUUCGGAUUUGCACGAAUGCUAGCAGCUCCUGGGGAUAUUUAUACAGACUAUGUGGCCACACGCUGGUAUAGAGCUCCAGAAUUAGUAUUAAAAGAUACCUCUUACGGAAAACCUGUGGAUAUCUGGGCUUUGGGCUGUAUGAUCAUUGAGAUGGCCACUGGAAAUCCCUUUCUUCCUAGCAGCUCUGAUUUGGAUUUACUUCAUAAAAUUGUUUUAAAAGUAGGCAAUUUGACACCUCACUUGCAGAAUUUCUUUUCCAAGAGUCCUAUUUUUGCAGGAGUGGUCCUUCCUCAAGUUCAACACCCCAAGAAUGCAAGAAAAAAAUACCCAAAGCUAAAUGGAUUGUUAGCAGAUAUAGUUCAUGCUUGUUUACAAAUCGAUCCUGCUGAGAGAAUAUCAUCUGCUGAUCUUUUGCAUCAUGAGUAUUUUACUAGAGAUGGAUUUAUUGAAAAAUUCAUACCAGAACUAAGAGCUAAAUUACUACAAGAAGCAAAAGUCAAUUCAUUCAUAAAGUCAAAGGAGAAUUCUAAAGAAAAUGAACUUAUGAAAGAUGAAAGAAAAACAAUGCAUACUGAUACACUUCUACGAACUUCAGUUUUGGGAAAGGAAAUGGAAAAAGAGAAAAAGCCCAAGGAAAUAAAAAACAGAGUUAUUAAAGUCAAAGGAGGAAAAGUAGAUACCUUAGAACCAAAAAAGACAGAGUAUGAAAGUGGACAUGGUCAGUCAGAUGCAACUGAAAAUGCUCAUACUGUGUCUCAAAAUGUAAAAUCUGUAAUCAAUGAACCACCAAACCCUGCCAAUCCCAGCACUAACUCUACUGGCAUGAAAGACAAUCCACAUGCUGGAGGUAAUAUGAUGAUGCCACCCAUCAACCUAACUAGCAGUAACUUGAUGGCUUCCAAUCUCAAUUCAAAUCUCUCCCACUCCAAUUCAAGGUUAUCUGAAAGAGCAAAAAAGAGACAUACUUCUUCACAAUCUAUUGGACACGUUAUGACUAAUAACAGGCAAGAGGAUACAGGUCCCACUCAAAACCAAAUGGAGAAAGGUGUAUUCAGUGAGCGGACCAGUCAAAGUGACCAUAUGGCAAGUGGAAAUAAAAGGAAGCUGAAUUUCUCCAGACCUGACAGGAGAGAAUUCCAUUUCCCAAAACUGCCUUUCAUAAUACAAUCAAGUGAGAUGAAAAGAACGGAAGUUAAACAGAUAAAAGUGCCAAAGAAGGAAUCAAAGAAAACAGAUUCAUCUAAAAUACCAACGUUACUUAAUGUGGACCAAAAUCAAGAAAAACAAGAGAAUGCAGGAAAUGCACAAACUGAAAGGAAGAAGAACCUGCCAGAUGCAGAAUAG